AUGUCAAACGCGGGCGAAUUCCUAGCUGACAACGUCAGAACUGCAUUGGGCCCUAUUCUCGCGGGGGUCACGACGAAUGCAUUCAUCUUUGGUAUCUGCACGGUCCAGUAUUACGAAUACUUCACCUCUGGAUUCAGGGACUCCUGGAUUCUGCUCGGGACCGUCGUCUGGCUAGCUGUCGUCGAUGUUCUCUUUUCCAUCAAUUCAGUGUUUAUUCUAUGGCACUAUGUCAUAGACAACUUCGCGAACCCAGCCGCCCUGCACCAGUCAAAUUGGCACUUCAAUCUUGUCCCCCUGUUCUUGUCAUUCACUUCGGUUCCCGUACACAUCUUUCUUGCAAACCGAAUAGGGCACUUCUCCAAAAGCUGGGCGCUGUUCGGUUCGCUCGUCCUACUUUCGUCUUCAGCGUCUGCACUAGGUUCUAUUUCGGCGAUUAGAUCUCAACUGGAUUCAGAUGUCAUGUUUGGGUUAGACUCUGAGCUCCCAGCGCUGACGCUGAUUGCUUUGUCACUCGGUGUGGCGUGUGAUGUUCUUAUGACUGGACUGUUACUUUACUAUCUUCGUCGGGACAAAAAGACCUUCCCAAAAGCCAACAGAAAACUGUCAGUCUGUGUUCAAAUGUCUAUUCAAUCUGCCGUACCAUCUACUAUAUGUGUGGUUGUCAUUUUGGUAUUGAUCAAGACGCUCGACCCAGCCAAUUUCCAGCACAUCUUCACGUUUCUGCUCGGCCGUCUGUACGAGGCUACGUUCUUGUCUAGCCUGAACUUUAGGCCUGCGGCUCGAGAGAUGGACAGCUUAUACGGAGUUAACUCUAUUGAUUUGCUUACCAUACGAAGACAUCCCGCUUCACACGAUUUUGCUGUAAGAGUGACGCAGGAGACCAAGACGUUGACGGACACGGAAUGGCCUAUACAACGAUCUUUGGAACAAGGAAUACAAUCAAGGGUAUCCACCCAACCCAAGCUAUCCAGUAUCUUCUACUAUGCUUUAUUUAUCCAGGACUACACUGUCACGUAUCAGUGCUAA